GAGACAUGGACACACAACUACUACUAACCUUCCUUUCACUAGUCAUCAUCUUCCUAUGGCACUGGCUCCUCAGAAACAAGCACUCACCGAUCUACCAAUGGCCAUUCCUGGGGAUGCUCCCUGGCCUCCUCUUGAGCAUAUACAACUCCACACUCCACGACUUCUGCACCCGAGCCUUGAGGCGAGCCAGGGGAACGUUCCUUUUCAAGGGACCCAGUUUCAUCAACGCAGACUUCACGGUCACCAGCGAUCCGGCCAACAUCAACCACAUCUUCAACAAGAACGCGGCCAACUACGACAAGGGUAGGGACUUCAAUGCCAUAAUGGAGUUUAUGGGCGACGGGAUCUUUAAUGUCGACGGCGAGUCAUGGAAGUUCCAGAGGAAGCUCCUACAUUCCUUGUUGCACAACCCAGAGUUUAAGGGUCACGCCAUGGAGACACUGGAAAGGAAGAUGCUAAGCACCCUUUUGCCAGUCCUCGACAGAGCAGCGGACGAGGCGGCAUUGGACAUACAGGACGUGUUCAAGAGGUUCAUGUUCGACAACAUGUGUCUAUUGGUGUUUGGAUUCGACCCCCAAUACCUCCUGCCCGUGGGGUCCAAAGGCGCAUCGCUCCUUGAUUGUGCAUGUGGCAACGCAUUUGAUGAGUUGUGGGAGGUGGUGAUAUAUCGAUUCGGAGUUCCGAUGUGCGUGUGGAGGCUUCAACGCCGACUCAAGAUUGGAAGGGAGUGGAAGUUCAUUCAAGCUUGGACCACCCUAGAUCAGUUACUGUAUGGUAGCAUCAUCAGGAAGAGGCAAGAAUUGGCGACCAAAAAUUCCGUCGAAAAUGAUGAGCAUAAAAGAAACAAGCUGGAUUUGCUAACCCAAAUCUUGGUCAUGAAAGAUGAGGAUGACGGUGGUGACCAAAAAAUCAUUGAUAAGACAUUGGAUAAGUUUUUGAGGGACACCGCAUUUACCUUAAUUGCAGCAGGGAGAGACACCGUCGCUGCCGGCCUGACUUGGCUGAUAUGGUGUGUGGCGAACCACCCCGUUGUUCAGAAAAGGAUUCUUGAAGAGCUGAAACAAGUGAUGGCAGUGCGACUCUCAAGCGCAAUUGAUGAUGGGCAAGAAAGUGGAGGAUUUUUGAGAAAUGACGAGUUGAACAAACUUGUGUAUCUCCAAGCAACCGUAUGUGAGACAAUGAGGUUGUAUCCGCCGGUACUAUUCGAGCAAAAGUCCGCCCUAGAGGCAGAUGUCCUUCCAAGCGGGCACACGGUACGUAAAGAAGAGAGGAUAAUAUUCUCCAUAUACGCCAUGGCCAGGAUGGAGGAGAUAUGGGGAGAGGAUUGCUUGGAGUUCAAACCAGAGAGGUGGAUUUAUGAUAAAGGGACGAUACUACAUGUCCCAUCGUACAAGUUCAUGACCUUCUUGACUGGGGCAAGGACCUGUUUGGGGAAGAAUAUGUCAUUCACAUAAAUCAAGUCCCUGGCCAGUGCUCUCUUUUGGAACUACAAGUUUGAACUCAUAAAUGUUGAUCCCUCCAUUAAGCCGGCGGUUGGCAUGGUAUUAUUCAUGAAAGAUGGAUUGAAGACGAGAGUCUCCAAGAGAGACCAUUGAUAAUAUAUAUGUUCACGUUGCCUUCUUAACAUAUGAUUGGUUGUUUCUGUGGUCUAGUGGAAUUUGUUUAUCCAUAUGUCACUAUGUUUAGAGUUUGCAUUAAUAAGUCGUGUGAGGUCUUCUUAUUUCUAUUAUUUAUGUUAUCCAUGCGUUUUUUUAUCAAACUGCUUGGAAGGAACUAGCUAGUUUCAUUAUCGCUAUGUUAUUCUUGUGAGUAGUGUUGUUGUACUCUUUAAUUGUUAUUAUAUAUAUAUCAUGGAUACUUAAGAACUGAAUUUCCAAUUGUU